UCAUCCUGCCACAGGUUUGGUCCCUACUACACAGAGCCUGUCAUUGCUGGCCUGGACCCGAAGACCUUUAAGCCCUUCAUUUGCUCUCUGGACCUCAUUGGCUGUCCCAUGGUGACGGACGACUUUGUAGUCAGUGGUACCUGCUCCGAACAGAUGUACGGGAUGUGUGAGUCUCUCUGGGAGCCCAACAUGGAUCCAGAGCACCUGUUUGAAACCAUUUCCCAGGCCAUGCUGAACGCUGUGGACCGGGAUGCCGUCUCAGGCAUGGGCAUUGUUGUCCACAUCAUUGAGAAAGACAAGAUCACUACCAGAACGCUGAAGGCCCGGAUGGACUAACCUGUGCUCUAGAUGGACUAACCUGUGCUCUGGUCCCAUCUCCCUUUUGUUGUUUUUCUUUUUAAUAAAAUUGCCUUUCUUUCAUG